AGGGGAUACCACCAACCCAGAGGAGGGAAGCGUACCGCAAUGUUCAAGACCAGCUACACACGCGAGGUGCGCAAGGAAAAGUAUGAGCGCUCAGAUGUCUUUGAGGAGGAAACAGAGGACUCUGAAACCUCUGCAGGCAUCUCAGCCAUCCAGGGAUGGGAGAGCCUUCAGGAGCUCAACAGCCGCUUUGCACGCUACAUCAACAGGGCCCGAGUCCUGGAGCAACGCAACGCCGUGUUCCGCAAGCAGCUUGAGACUUUGCAGCGGAUGGAAGAGGCCAGUGGGCUUGAGGAGGCCUUCACAGAGCAGAUUGAAGUCAACAGACAGCGAAUUAGAGAGCUGUUGUCUGAGCACGGCAAGCUGGAGAGAGAGCUGAAAGAUGCAUGCCGCAUGCUGGACGAAUUCACCAGCAAAUACAGAAAUGAAUGUGAUUUCCAAGAACAGCUACGGGGAACACUGGAGCAGCUAAACAAGGAGGCUGACAGCUCUCUGCUCAGAAACCUGGAGUACCAGAUCAACUCACAGUUCCUGCAAGAUGACAUUAGCUCAACCAGAGAUCGACACAAGAAGAACCUUGCAGAGAUCCAAACCUAUGUAAACAUUUUGAAGCAAAUCAACCAGACACUUCCUCUGGCUCCAAACGUGUCAGUGGGCAUCUCCGAGGAGCAGGAGAAGUUGCUGGCCCAGAGGAAAGUGCCGGGGCUAAAGAGUCAGCUCGAGGAGUUCAAGAGCGCCCUCUGUCAGCUGCAGGCUCAGAAACAACGCCUCCAGACAGAGACCACAAUGUUGGAGCAAGCCAUCAAAGGUACACAGGAGAGUUACGACGAUGAGAUCCAGAUGUACAAUGAGAAGAUUGAAUCUCUGCGUAAGGAGAUCGAGGAAGCUGAGAGGUCACUCGAGAAGUUCACCAGUGAAUGCCGUCACCUGGCAAUGUACCAGACAUCUCUUGAGAAUGAGCUGGAGAGGUACAAGAGGAUCAUCGAGAACGAAGAUAACAGGUUGAAUUCAGCGAUAAUUGGCACUCCCAUAACACUGCUCACGACUAAUUACCGCUACACUCACACACCCACUGCAUCCAGCAGGGGGAGAGAUAUCACCCUGGCAAUUCAAGAUAUCACAAGCAUCAAGCCCCGCCAGAAGAUUCUGGCCAAGAAGGUCUUUAAGAAGAAAGAGCUGUCCCCAAAAGAUGUGAUUGACAGCGGCCAGGAGGAAAAGAAUGGGGUAACAUCUGGAGAGGCUCUGGAUGAAGAAACAAAGGGGAUCCCAUCUGAGGAGGUGCAGGAGGAGAAGGUGACGAGAACCGAGUACAGACCAGUUCUCACCGGGGUUUCUCCACAGGACGUCCCAGAUGGAGCUCAGAUCAGCAAGGCCUUCGACACUCUUUGUAAUAUCGUCAGAGACAGAAUGAGGAAGUACAAGAAGCCAGAGCCAAUCGCUGACUUCUACACCAAGGGUCGUUACGUUCUUGUCACCGGUGACGGCAGCUACCCAGAUCCCUGCUUCUACACUUCCACGCCAUCGGCCGGACAUGUCAUUGUCACAAUCAUAGAUGGAAUGAUUCCUCCAUACGACCCUUUUGGACACAGAACUCCUUCUCCCACACCUCCUCCACAGCCAAUUGUAGACCCAAGGCCCCUUACCCCCACCGAUCCUUCUAAGGGCGGAGAAGGAAAGGAUGAUAAUAAGGGAGGAAAGGGUAAAGACAAUGGAGGUAAAGGGAAGCACAAGAAUGCAGAUCCUGAACCUCACCCCAAAGAUCCAAGCCCAGUCCCUCGACCCUCUGGCCCAGGCUCCACCCCCAAAGAUCCCACCCCGGCUGCUAAUCAACCCAAGAAAAACAAGGACGACAAUGGCCCAAGUGGGCCAACCCCAAAGCCUGCGCCUAGAGGUGCCAGUACCAGCUCCAGCUCCAGUUCAAGCACCAGCACCAGCACCAGUUCUAGUAGCUACACCCCUGAUGCCAUGAGCUAUGAGAAGGUGGAGGUGGUGGAGUCUGUGGAGAAGUUCUCCAACGGGCGCAAAAUGAAAGGUUAUGAGGAGACUUCCAUGGUGGUGGAGACCAUGAUAGAGAAGUCCAGCAAGAAGAAGCAUUGAAACUCCACCAGGGUCCUAAAUGGUCCGGGACAAUCCUGACGUUGGUAUCAGGCUACAAAAAUACAACUGUUCCUGAACCUUCUGUACCAAGAUCAACAUUCACAUUCCUGCUCUGAUACACACUCCUCUUCCUAAAGCUUGCGGUCUCUGGUCUUGCGUCCAGAAUACGUUUGGCUGGUUCCAGAAAUACUGCUGUUGUUGUCCGACUUAAUACUUACGCGCAUGAGAGUCCUUUACUGUCUGAAAACUUGGAAAAAAUAAAACUGAAGCUCCACCCAUAAAAUUCACAAGAAAAUAAAUAAAGAGUAAGUUGUGCCACCCUUCUGAACUCUGUCUUAGAACUCCAACUUUCCCCUUUGAGCCCAUUUGUUUAAUUGGAUG